AACAAGAUGAAUACCACUGCCGGUGCAGCGGUGCGCACUGAAAAAUUUGUAGCUGCUCUGCUGUGAGGAGCGAGGAGAAUGCCCCCACUUCACGAGAUAACCUGGUACGCCUUCAUCCUGGAUUCGUGUUCUUCUUCCAAGAACCUUAAUAAACUGAAACAAUUACAUGCUCGCAUCAUAACCGUUGGUGUCUCCAGCCACGACUUCAUACGAGCCAAGCUUGUCUCUUCCUACGCCUCCUGCGCCCAAAUGCUCGAAGCCUCACACAUUUUCUACCUGACCAACCGUCGCUCCAUAUUCCUCUACAACUCCCUCAUUAGUGGGUUCUCUUUCCUCCAUCAGUUUCCACAAUCCCUCUCGGUCUUUCGCCAAAUGCUCAUUGACGACAAAACCAUUGACCGUCGCACCCUACCGGCCGUGCUCAAGUCCUGCGCCGGCUUAUCGGCGCUACGACUAGGCCGGCAGGUCCAUGCCGCCGUGUUAGCAAAUGGGUUUGCGUCGGAUGUUGCGAAUUCGAAUGCUUUGAUAACAAUGUACGCGAAGUGCGGCGAUUUAGUUGCUGCGCGCAAGGUGUUUGAUGAAAUGUCCGACAGAAAUGCAAUUACUUGGUCGGCGAUGAUGGCGGGGUACGGAAUCCACGGAAGAGUGGGCGAGGUUUUUGUGUUGUUUGAUAGGAUGGUAGAUGCUGGAGUGUUGCCGGACGGCGUUGCUUUUACAGCGGUUUUGACGGCGUGUAGUCACAAGGGGUUAACGGAGAAGGGGCGGGAGUACUUUGAAAUGAUGGAGGGGAGAUUUCAGGUGAAGCCAAGAACCGAGCAUUAUACAUGUAUGGUGGAUAUGCUGGGGAGAGCAGGCCGGGUGAAGGAAGCAGAAGAGUUGAUUUUGGGGAUGGAGAUGGAGCCGGAUGAUGCUUUAUGGAGUGCAUUGUUGGGUGCUUGUAAAAUUCAUGGAAGGGUGGAGGUAGCAGAGAGAGUGGCGGAGAAAGUUUAUGGAAGGAAGCUUAAUUUAGCAUCUUAGGAAGUCCAUGGUUGCUGAAGAAGCGUUGUUUGCUUUGGGGAAUUAUGAUCCUCCUUCUUAGAUUGAUGGAACAGUUUAAAAGAAAAUGGAUUUAUAGGUUCUGGUGCUGGUUCCAAAUUGUGAAAUUUAACGGGGGGAAUGCAUGGUCUCAGGUGCCGUUGUUACAGCUUAUUUCCUUUGACUAGCAAUUGCUGGGUCUUGGAGGGCAAUGGAUGAGAAGUUGGAGGAGCACGACUCCAUGAAAAAAGAAGCUUACAGAGUAUUGAUUUACUUUUCCAUGAUGAUGGUUUUUGGCUUGCUUUAUUUGGUUUUUUAAAGGUGAAGCACAAAGAAAAUUAAUAUGCAGACAACAAAAUUAACAAUUGGGAUGAAAUUGUGAUUUUGUGGAAAAGAUCAAACUGGUGAGAGGGCUGAAAUUUUGAAGAUGCAGUUGUAGCAAUGGCAGAGGAGAAAAUGACAAAAUUAACUAGAAGUGUUAUUCCAUCAGCACAACUAUCAACAUAACUUGAGAGCAACAUCAAAUAAGCCAAAGAAAGAUCCGCUUGUUGAAGUUGCCGGAGAUUUUGCUACCUCAUUGAAGGAGUUUUAUCAAUAUGAAGAAGGAUUAAGCUGAUACUCGGGAGAUUUAUAACAUGGCUUAAGAAAUCUCCGUGGCGCUUUGUAUAAAAAUUUUAAAUCAGUUCAAGUAUUAAUAAAUGGUAGUAUUGGAAAAUUAAUUUGUUGAAAAGUCUCCUUGAUGGUAAGAAAGUCGAUUAUGGUCAAAGGCAUGUAACUAAUUACCAUUUUCUCUCUC